AUGAGUAACGAGAGCCAUCCAUCUCCGACCGGCUCGUCGUCUUCUGCAUUAUAUGGUGGCGGAGGUAAUGUUGGUAGCAAUGAACCAUUGACUCAACCAUCACCAGCCAAACCAACUUGGGCACAAAUUCUCAAUUCAAAUCCAAACGCACCGUCCAAUACAUCAACGACAACUGGCAACAACAACAAUAAUAAUAAUGCUGGUGGGCAUAAUUCUCCAUCAUCAUCCACAUCAGCUUCUUCUCAACAUUCAGCAGCAACAAAAAAUAUUUCACCAUCAGUCAGUGGUACAUCAAAUCCACCAGGACCACGCUCUGGUUUUAUGUCUAAUUUUUAUGAUCAAACACAAUCUCAAAUGAAUUGGCCUUUAAAUUUUAAUCAAACCUCAUCAUGGAUGAUGAAUGAUGAUAAUUCACAAAGGCAACCAUCAAAAUCAUUACAACAAUCCAAUGAUAAUACACAAACAGGUGGUGAUGGCUUUGAACGACUUGAAUCAUCGAGUCCAACUUCAGAUUGGAAUAAACCGGUGACAACAAAUAAUUCAACUGCUAAUGGUUGGUCAAGUUUUCAACAACAGCCACAGCAGCAAACAAAUACUAAUCCGUCCAGAUCAAAUCCAAAUAGCAAUCAAUGGCCAGAAAUGAACAAUUUCUAUGGAGCUAAUACAUCAACUAAUACAUUUAAUUUGCCGCAACAGAAUAACGACAACAAUAAUUCAUCGACAACAUGGCAAGAUCCAUCAAGUAAUUCUACCGAUCCGCUUACAUUGACAACAAAUAAUACUUCAAAACAUAAAGCUUCAUCGAUUGCUGCUUCACUUACAGGUGCAUUGAAAUCAGCUAUUACACUUAGUGGAAAUAAUAAUCUUGAUCAUUUGAGUGGAAAUGGUGAUGCAAUAAUCAAUUAUGUACCACAACCAAAACUGGUUGAACAAUUAGGAUGGGAUGAACCUGAUAUAAAUGUUUUAAAACGUCCGAAUUUUGACGAUGGCACAUCCAUAUGGGGCGAUCCAAUGGAAUCAAUGUCAGUACCUGUCAAAAAAUGGACCAAUGGAACAAAAGCAGCAUUAACAAAUUCAACAAAUACAGUUUUAUCUCAACCGAUCGUUCAAAAACAAGUUUCAACAACGAAUACUUCAUCAUCAUCUUCAUCUCAAAUGGUGCUCAAUGAUGAAAAUUGGCCUAAACAACAAUCGCCAACAAUUGUUCAACAACCAUCAUCACAAUGGAAUGAUACACCAGCAGCAGUAGCACCGCAAAAUGUCGAACAAACAAAUCCAUCUCAACAACAUAAUUAUCGUGCACAACAAUCUAAUUGGAAUCCUCACGGCCCAUCAGAAGAUUGGUAUGGUGAUGGACUUGUUGAUACAAGUCAAUGGGAUGUAUCACGUCCACAACAAAAAGCGCCAUUCGAUCCGUACGAUGGUCAAAUUGAUACAAGUGAUUGGGUUCAACCAUCUGCCAGUGGUAUGCCAGGACAAUUACCCAUAGCUCGUAAUCGUUUUAUGAAUGAAUAUGAUCUCAAUGAAAAUCCUCAUGAUAUGCGAAUGCCUAAUUUUGAUAAUCAACAAAUGAAUAAUCCAUAUCGUCAAAAUACUGAUCUGAAAAAUUCAAUGAUGGGCAUGAGUGGAAUUCUACCGUCAUCUCAUCAUUCAUUUCCACCACGGCCAAAUCCACUUUAUCCUCCACAGUCAGGCAAUAUUCUUCGGCCAAUCAAUUCUAAUGGUGGUUUAUCAACACCGCCCGGUCCUAUCAUCGGUCAAAGUAGUCAUUUAUCACCUAAAUUACCGAUAUCAUCACCUGUACUAAAUCAACCACCGUACGUUCCGUUAACUGGUAAGCACAGUAAUAUUCCAAAUCAACCAUCUCAAACACCAACUCCAACGCAACAACAAUCAGCAGGCAAUGGAAAUAAUAAUAACGGUGCAGUGCAUGCUCAAAUCAUGCAACAAUUUCGUCUUGCUGUACAAGCUGGUUUAAUUAGUCAAGAUUUGCUCAAUACAAAAUUGCCACCUUAUAUGUUACAACUCCUCCAAAAACUAUUCGAACUCCAACAAAAGUUUCAACAAUUAUCCAUUCAAUUAUCGGAAUUAAGUAAAAAUAAACCAGGUUUUCCAUUACCAUUAUUACAAAACGAAUAUGAAUGUUUAUCAAAAUUAAUCGCGCAAAAGAAACAAGAAAUGUUGAUUGUUCAAAAAGAAAUACAAGAUGCACAUACAAAACUGAAACAGCAAUCGGCGAAUCCAACACCAACACCAGCACAAAUGAUGUCAAAUGGACCAACAGUAGUACAAAAUACCGAUCAAUCGCGUUUAACUCAAUGGACAAAACAAUCAGCAAUAGGAGGACAACGAGCAUCAAUGUUCCCACCACCAGGCUUAACGCAAAAAGAUUGGCAAACAGAUAAUAAUGAUCCGAAUGAAAAUUGGGAUCAUCCUCAAAAUGAAUCAAAUAAUAAUAAUAAUAAUAAUCAAAUGGGUAACAUCGAUCCUCAUUUACAUAAUAAUCAAGCAUCAUCAGCAACAUAUUCAGAUCCAUUUUCAAAUAUUGUUGAAGACAUUGAUGGACCACCACCAUUUGUUCCUGGCCAAUUAUGGAACUGGAAAUCAUCUUUACCGAAUGCCGAAGAUGAUCCACAUGUUACACCGAGUUCAUUAACAAUUGGUCCUAAAGGAUCAGGAUCAAUGAUGAAUAAUCUCAAUGUCGGAGGAGUUGAACGUGCUUUUUCAAAUCCUCAAUUAAUGCAUCAAUAUCAACGUCCAGUGCAAUCAAAUCGGCCACCAUGGCAGCAAGCAUCGAUGCACGAACAACAAGGAUUUCAACCACCAAUGAAUGAUUGGGCUAAACAACAACAAUAUCGAGGUAUAUCAAAAGCUCCACCACUUCCUCAUCCAUCAUUUGGUGGUGGAGGUGGCGGCGGUGGUGGUGGUGGUGGUCAUCGACCGUACAUGUAA